CGCCGUGCGGUUUGCAAGUGCGUCACUGCUGUUUUGGUGUUAGUGUGCGGCGCUCGUAUCCAGCAGCAGCAGCAGCAGGAUGGCGGCCACUGCGAUGAACAAAUGCCUGACGCCUCUGAAUUUACUCAGCAGGAGAUUUUCCGUUCCAGAGUUUUUCUCCCAGUGUUGCUAUCACCAGAAGGUGGUGGACCACUACGAGAACCCGAGGAACGUGGGCAACCUGGACAAACGCUCCAAGAAGGUGGGCACCGGCCUGGUGGGGGCGCCGGCCUGCGGAGACGUCAUGAAGCUUCAGAUCGAGGUGGACGACGACGGCAAGAUCGUGGACGCCCGCUUCAAAACGUUCGGCUGCGGCUCGGCCAUCGCUUCCAGCUCUCUGGCCACCGAGUGGGUCAAGGGCAAAUCUGUGGACGAAGCGCUGACCAUCAGGAACACGGACAUCGCCAAAGAGCUCUGCCUGCCGCCCGUCAAGCUUCACUGCUCCAUGCUCGCCGAGGACGCCAUCAAGGCGGCGCUGGCCGACUAUCGCCUCAAGCAGCAAGACGGCGAGCAGGUGGCGGCCCGGGCCUCGAACUGAGCGCCGUUUGCCGAGAAGCAGCGCUAGCAGUCGUUACUUCCUGUACCCGGUAACGAGUCCCAUCCUCACCCUGUGAAUAGGACACGCCGCGCUAACUUAGCCUGUCACGCGUACGCACAAUUGUAACGCUUGUUGUUGUGGUUCCUUUUUGCUAGCACGCUUGUUAGUGUCGUCGGUGUGAUGUUACCAAGUGUGUAAUUUGCCUGCCUGUUUAAAAAUGCACAAUAAAAUUACUCAAGUGUG